GGAAGCAGCGGCCUGGAGCCCCGGGGGCUGAGUGUGUGUGGCGGCCGCGGGGAGGGAGCCGCCGGAGCCCGGCCACCAUUCAGCGUCUGUACGCUUCGCUCCUCAGCAUGAGCGGCGUCAACCGGACCCGGAGCGACGUCUUCGGUGACCAAGUUCCGUCUGGAGCUGGGAAGGGUCCCGGAGGAGCUACGGGGGGCGCCUCUUCUGUGCCCGCGGGCUUCAGCGCCAUCAAACUGGGCAGGGACAAUGGUAAAGUGACCACAGUUGUGGCCACUCCAGGUCAGGGGCCAGAUCGUCCGCAGGAAGUGUCCUACACGGACAUCAAAGUCAUUGGUAAUGGCUCCUUCGGAGUGGUGUACCAGGCAAGGCUCGUGGACUGUGGAGAGAUGGUGGCUAUAAAGAAAGUCCUGCAGGACAAGAGAUUUAAGAAUCGUGAACUCCAGAUAAUGCGUAGACUUGAUCAUUGUAACAUUGUGCGUCUCCGAUACUUCUUCUACUCCAGCGGAGAGAAGAAAGAUGAAGUUUAUUUAAACUUGGUCCUGGAUUUUGUCCCAGAAACAGUGUAUCGCGUUGCACGGCACUUUGCAAAAGCCAAAUCCACGCUGCCGUCCAUCUAUGUGAAGGUGUACAUGUAUCAGCUUUUCCGAAGCUUGGCAUACAUCCAUUCUCAAGGCGUCUGUCACAGGGACAUAAAACCACAGAAUUUGCUGGUGGAUCCUGACACAGCUGUACUUAAGCUAUGUGACUUUGGCAGCGCAAAACAACUGGUACGAGGAGAGCCAAACGUUUCCUAUAUUUGUUCCCGCUAUUACAGAGCACCGGAGCUCAUAUUCGGAGCCACAGAUUAUACUGCAAAUAUAGACAUCUGGUCAGCAGGUUGUGUCCUUGCAGAGCUUCUCCUGGGUCAGCCCAUCUUCCCUGGGGACAGUGGUGUCGACCAGUUAGUGGAAAUCAUAAAGGUGUUAGGAACUCCCACAAGGGAACAAAUCCGAGAGAUGAAUCCAAAUUAUACAGAAUUCAAAUUCCCACAAAUCAAAGCACAUCCCUGGACUAAGGUCUUCAAGCCCCGCACCUCCCCAGAAGCGAUCACGCUGUGCAGUCGGCUUUUGGAGUACACCCCAGACACCCGCGCCUCCCCCCUACAAGCCUGUGCACACUCCUUCUUUGAUGAACUUCGUGACCCCAACACACGUCUCCCCAGCGGCAGGGAGUUGCCUCCCAUCUUCAAUUUCAGCUCCGUAGAGCUCUCCAUUGAACCCUCGUUGAACACCGUCCUCAUACCUCCUCACCUGCAGCAGACUCAUUUGCAUGGUGAAGGGAGAACUGGAUCAGACAGACUCAAAACCAGCGACGUAGCAGAGCUGAAUGCCUCCUGAGGAGCGGUUCUUGCCCCCUUCCCUGACCUAUCCUUCAGUGCUUUUCUCUUCUCCUUUUCCCAGCUGACAUCUU